CUAGACUGGCCCAGCUGUUACACUACACUAGCCUGAGUCAGGCAUUGUUUUCCAAGCCACUAUCCCCGAUCGGGCCAACGCAGCCUUCAAGGGGGAAUGUGACCCGGAGAAUAGCCCGCUGAGCCUUCCAAGAUGGACACCUUGUCUCUUUUAUUUAAUUUUUCUUUUCUUUUUUUGCUGCAGCUUGUGUGUGAUUGAAUUCUGUCCAGGUUGCUACGGCAUACCGGUGGGAUGUGUGUCACACAUGACAUGGGACAUGCUAGGAGGAUCACUAACCCUUUACUCUCCCACUCCUGUUGCUGUAGUGAGGGGGCUAGACAUUAAAAAAGUGAGACCCAGUCACUAAGAACCUCACCAAAUUUGAAGAAAGAAUCUUGUGUAUUCUCUUUGCUUUCGGAGUUUUCCUCACAGUUACCACACCACAGCUCUUAUAUAAAUGUUUAGUGUUUAAAAACACAAAUUGUCCAUUUAACAUACUUUCUCGUGACACAUGCAUUAAUGUUUUCCGUCGUUACCUAUUUAGACAAUUUUCUUAGCACCAGAAGUGUUAGAAAACUUGUCAAGCUAUUGUGACGUUAAAUUGUUGUUAUUGUUCCUUCUGCUCCAACACAAAGGAAUGAGCAAAGCUCCUAAAUUCAUUGUUUUUGUAGCUAAGUCUUGGUUAACGUUUCCUACAGUUCUUAAAAUUGUUGUUCUUUUCUAUAUCUGAUGUCCUGUGUGCUAUUAGUGCUGCAGCCAUUGGGGUUGUCUUGUGUUGCACACCUUUCCAACACUUCGAAAACGAACGCCCCCCCCCCCACGGGAAAGCGCCCAUGCUUGAUAUGGUUCAUGACCAAUAUGUUUCCAGUACAGGAAAAAUCCCAGAAGAGGCCAAGGCCUUGUCACUUCUGGCACCUGCCGCUCCAGCACCAAAUCUGAUUCCUGGAGGGGGACUGCUCCCGAUUCCUAAUCCAGCUCCGAUUCAGAAUGUGAACCUUCCGUUAGUGAACCGGAUGUCAGCAGCCAGUCUUGACUCCACAGCUUCAGUGCUCUCCCAGCCCCCCCUCAUGGGAAAUGUGGAUCCCUCAAAAGUUGAUGAGAUCAGGCGGACCGUCUACGUCGGCAACUUAAACUCACAGACCACCACUGCUGACCAGCUGUUAGAAUUCUUCAAGCAGGUGGGAGAAGUCAAGUUUGUGCGGAUGGCAGGAGAUGAGACACAGCCGACCCGUUUCGCCUUUGUAGAGUUCGUGGAGCAGGACUCGGUUGCCAGAGCCCUGACCUUCAAUGGAGUCAUGUUUGGGGACAGACCCCUGAAGGUUAACCAUUCCAAUAAUGCCAUAGUGAAACCCCCAGAGAUGACGCCACAGGCUGCUGCUAAGGAGUUAGAGAGUGUGAUGAAGAGGGUGAGGGAGGCCCAGUCGACCAUCGCUGCUGCCAUAGAACCAGCAGACACAAAGACGCGAUCCUCGAGUCGGUCUGGAAGGUCACGCCGGUCACGCUCCAGUUCAAACUCAAGAACGCGCAGGAAAAAGUCCCGAUCUAAACACAGACCGUCACAGAGGUCGUGGUCAGGGAUUCAGUCCCACAGUUCACGAAACAGCCACAAGAGGCGUUCCCGCUCCAGAGACAGGAGACACAGUCGGAGUCGCUCCAGGGGCCACCAUCGGAGGAGUAAGGAUCCAUCCAGGAGCCCUCGGAGGAAAGUCAGAUCACCAUCAACAAAAAGAAGUAAGAAAGACAAGAAGAGGGAGCGCAGCAGGGACAGGAAGGAACUUUCCACAUCCAGGAAGAGGAGCCGCAAAGAUGAGGACAGGAUAAAGAGCAAGGCCAAGCCGUCAAAGGUGGAAAGCAACUACAAGAGAGAAGAGAAGGAAGAGUAUGAUAGCGAGAGAGAAGACUCACCCAGCGAGGACGUGACACUAUCGCCCUACGUCCUGCACAACGGCAGCUACAAGACUCACAACGACGAGGACGUGGACAGCACCAAGUGACUGUUACAACAUAACUGAAGCGAAUCCUGUUGCAUCAAGUGAUGUCAUCACCACCCACUGUGUGUAUACAUACAGAAACACUGGAUAACCACUUACAGCGGCGUGUGCGUGCGUGUGUGUGUGUGUGUGCGUGUGGAAUUGAACUGGAUUGCAUGAUAUUGUAUAUUCUGCAGUGUCCUCCACCAGUUCGUUCACUGCUUGAAGAACUCAAGCAUUUCUAUUGUUUCUAUGUAGAUACGAAAGCUCGAGGCACCUGCACCAGCAGUUUAGAGACAGGCCUGAACCAGCUCCUCAUCACAAUCUGUAACCGCAGGAUUCACAAUGUCUCCCCACACUCGACUUCCAGAGCUUUCUCAGAAAAGCCAUUUCAAAGAAAGUCACGGAGGAACCGAGCGGCAGUCCCACAGGAAGAACGGAGUUUGUACUUUUUUUUUUGUCCGGCAACUGGGUUUUAACCUCACACUUGUCCCUGUCAUGGAUAUUUUAAAAAGACCAAAACGUUUCUCUCCAUUCCUGCACGGACAUCAAGAGCUACCACCAUGAUAAUCCAAAAAGCCUUUUUCAAGCCUCAAAGAUUGUCAUCAGUCCUGUCACACUGUGUGUGUGUCGCAUGUAUGACAUUUAUUUCAAAAUGAUGAAUAUUGCACACUGCCAUCUGCAUUAACAGUAAGACGAUGUUUAUGUUGAAGUUUUAUUUAUUUGAGAUCAGUGUUCAAAGCCGAAAAGUGACACAUUUUAUUUGUGCUCUACUGUAAGUGCAGUUGCAAACACAAAAAUACACAAGGCUUGGACUGGCAGCUAUUCUGGAUUUCAAGCUUCGCAAACUUUCUCAGGCAGCGUUUAAUUUUAGAAUUUUUAAAUUCUACGACAAUUAGAAACCAUAAUAAAACCUAAUCAUUCUGUGAAACCAGUCUGCAUCUGGUUCUGUAUGACAACAACUUCUUUUUUUACUCAACUAAAUUAUAAAUGGUAACGUUUGAUGUUAUAGGUUUCUGACCCCCCAUCCUGUCAUUGUAUGUGUCUCACAGCCCCCUGUCAAAUUGUAAGUUCCUUAUAUGGUCUUUCAUAUAUCAGUGUUUUCAGAGAGAGAGGCUGUCCAGUCACAUAGUUAUUGGAAAAUAAUAAUACUAAUUAUUAUAUAAUCCAGGACGUACCAACGAGGUUCCUUUACCAACUAAACCAGCUCCUUUUAUCAGCCAGCUGAAUUUUUUUUAAAUAUAACUAACGUUUGUUUGUUUUGACGGCGAGGUACAAAGAAGUUUCCCUGUGUCUGUCUGAGGCCUCAAGCGUAGUUCUUCUUCUGCUGCUGUGGUUUUCUGAAAGUGUCAGCAACUCUUUCAUUGAGUGAGACAAAUGGUGCGUUACAUGUUCUUUGAUCAAAGAAUAUAACAAGCGUAAGAACAUAAAAACUUUGGCUAAUAACUUGUGUCGAUGCUGAAGUGCUCACUUCCCUUCUGUUUAAUGACUUUGUGAAAGAAUCCUUUAUUCCCUCCAUCAUCUGUGAACUGGGGCGUCCUCUCCGAUUAUGUGUUGAUUUUACGACUUUGAAGUGCUGUAAUUAUAAGAACGCAGAGUGAACUGUUUCUGUGAACCGGUCUCUUAAAAAACGAUGGUUAUAGAUCAACUUUUCACUUUGUCAAAACAUAAACGCUUUGCUUUAUUUCCUGUUUUUGUUUCAUGAGUGAACAUGUUUGUGCUUUUUCAAUAUUUCUCAUUACUGGUAGUUGCAACAAGAUCUCAUCAUCUCAUGCUCCUUUUCCUGUUGUUAUUGUGACGGUGUUUUAUAGUUACAAUUCAGGCCUGUACUGUAAAAGUAUGUUGUCGUGCAGAAUGUGUGUUGGCUCCAGAAAAGUCGUCGCUGAUGCUGAAUCCACUCACUGGUGUUUUACACGAGACACGUCACAGCUCAACAUCACGCUCACAAGCACAGAAAGGUCAAAAAGUGCCUCGAACAUAGAUUGUACAGAAUAUUCUAAUAGACUAUGGAGACUUAUUGACAGAUGCAACCUGAAUUUAUUGUUCUGGAUGUUGAAUUGCUAAAGUGAGAUGUUAUAUAUGAAAGUAUUGUCUGUAGUAUUUAAUGGCAGAAGAAUCUGAAGCUAUGGUGGAUUUAUUUUGACAUUUCUUUGUCAUUUUGGUGUUAACAAAGCCAGUAUUUAAUAACGUGUCAAAAGAGUCAGUAAACUGGCCCCACAUGGAGAGUAGUUUUUACAUACACUUGUCAUUCUAUGAAAGAACUUUUAAAAGGAGACGUAAAUACUUUCUGAACAUCUUUGCCAAAUUCUCCGUCUUUACUGCUUUUACCAAGAUUUCCCCCCCCUGCUUUUCUUGUUUAUAGACGAGGCUUCAAUUUGAAUUGGUGAACAUGUGAUGAAGUUAAGUAAAGAGCUUUUCCAACAAAACUGACAGUAUGUGAAGAGGUUUAUUUUUGUAUAUCAGUGUAUCCACCACAUUGAGCAUAUACUGUAGAAACAUGACUUUCUCCUGCGGGACUGGCCGCUCGAUGUAAAGAUUUGGUAACACUGUUUUUUUUUUUUGAAGAGCUUGAAUGUAUCUGAUCGUCCUCAGUUUGAAACUAACAAUAUAUUCAUUCUGUUUCCAACACACCACUCAUUAAAAGAGACUUUUCAUUCA